AUGUCGACCAUUGACGUCACCAAGGACCUCGCCGCUCUCUUUAGCAUCCAGGCCAAGGCGACCCCUGAUGCAGUGGCGCUUGAGGAUGAGGCCCGCACCUUGACCUAUGCUGAGCUGGACCGUGAGACACAGUCUCUCGCUGACCACCUCCGUCGCCAGCAUGGCGUCGGUCGGGACUCGCUCGUCGGUGUCCUCAUGAACAGGAGCGCAGACUACGUCGUCGCCUCGCUGGCUGCGCUUCGUGCCGGAGGUGCCUUCCUGGUGCUCGAGCUGGCCUAUCCGUCGGGUCUGCUGCGCGACGUCAUCGAGGACGCCAAGCCGUCCGUAGUCAUCACACAAAACGCCCAUGUCGGCUUCAUCAAGGCUGAUGUUCCCAUCAUCGUCAUUGAUGAGUCAAACGAUCACCUGAAGAAUGUUGCCGGUGCCGGCAGCGAAGAUCAGCUGGCUCCUCUCCCAGCCGAGGACGAUCUAGAACGCCUUGCCUUCGUAUCAUAUUCCUCCGGUACUACUGGCCAGCCCAAGGGCAUCGCAAACCCCCAUAGGGCGGCGGUUCGCUCUUAUGACCUGAGAUUCAAGCUCAGCGACCUCGGCCCCGGCGACCGAGUGGCCUGUAAUGUCUUUUUUGUUUGGGAGAUGCUUCGCCCCCUGCUACGGGGCGCCACGGUCGUCGCCAUUCCCGAUGCUGCGAGCUACGACCCAACGGCACUCGUCGGCCUGUUGGCGUCACGUCGCAUCACUGACACACUGAUGACCCCGACCCUGCUGGCGACGGUCCUCUCACGUCACCCAGAGCUGGGAAAGCGUCUGCCCGAUCUGCGCUCUCUCUGGCUGAAUGGCGAGGUUGUGACUACCGAUCUCUGCCGUCGGGCUCUGGAUGCCUUGCCUGACACGAGGCUUCUCAAUGUGUACAGCGCCAGUGAGACGCACGAAGUCGCGGCCGGCGACAUCCGGACUUUCAUUGAUCUCGAGGCUCGCGUCUGCCCUGUUGGGCCGACCAUGGACCCCAGCCACAUCUACAUCCUCGACGAAGCCGGCAACAGAGUGAAGAAUAACGUCAGCGGAGAGCUCUACGUUGGCGGUGACCUCCUAGCAAGAGGCUACCUGAACCUGCCGGAGACGACAGCAAAGGCCUUCACCCCUGACCCCUUCGACAAGAGGGAGGGAGCGCGCAUGUACAAGACGGGAGAUCUUGCUCGCGUGCUUCCUUCAGGCCUGCUGGAGAUCACGGGUCGCGCUGGCGGCAUGAUCAAGACGCGUGGAUACACGGUGCAGCCUGGUGCGGUCGAGAACGCCAUUGUCAAGCAUCUCGCCGUGCGUGACUGCGCUGUCACGUCUCACGGCGAUGGUCUUGAGAGGCAACUGGUUGCCUACAUUGUUCCCGACAAUCAAGAAAAGAGAGAUCGUGCCGAUAUUGUCAUUGACGAAUCCGGGUACAGCCCCGGGGCUCGCCGCACCCUCUCGGCGCAUCUGGCUCUCUACAUGAUCCCCGCGCUCUGGGUUCAGCUCGAUCAGCUCCCUACUCACGGCGUCUCGGGCAAGACGGAUCUCAAGGCUUUGCCCCCACCACCAACCCCGAAAGUUGCCAGCAGCCCCAAGGAGGACCAAAACACUAAGAUCAAGAUGGAGACCAUCGUCAAGCUAUGGGCGGCUUCUCUCAACAUGCCUGCCAGCGCCAUCUCCGAGGACCUUGACUUUUUCGACAUUGGUGGCCAUUCUCUCAUCCUCGCUGAUCUCGCCAACCGCUUCACCAAGGAGUUUGGUUUCCCAGUCCCAUUGGCUCCUCUCGCUGGCACGCCCACACUACAAGGUCACCUCGACGCUAUCCGCGAUGCUCGUGAUGGACACACGGCAGCUGUGCAAGGUGACCUCCCCGCUGUUCUGCGCGCGGACUGUAUCCUGCCGGAAGACAUCAAGUCCCACGGUCAGCCCAUGCGCCAGCUCAAUGAUGCCGACACUGUCCUCCUCACGGGUGCUACGGGCUACUUAGGAGCAUCCCUGCUUAAGGGCCUGAUCGAGAACACCUCUGCACACAUUCUCUGUCUCGUGCGCUUCACUGAACCCUCUAGUGAUUCUCGUCCCGCUGGCAUGGCCAGGGUGCGAAAGAACCUCAUUGACCUUGGUUUCUGGGACGAUUCGAUGCUCGAUCGAAUGGAGAUUCUACCCGGCAACCUGUCUCGCAAGCGCCUCGGUCUGUCUACAGAUGCUUUCACAGAACUUGCCUCUCGGGUGCAGGUCAUUAUCCACGCUGCUGCUACCGUCAACCUUGUGUACCCCUAUGCUGCCCUGAGAAAUGCCAAUGUGGGAGGCACCAGGGAAAUUUUGAGGUUGGCGUCCAAAAGCGGUGCCACCCUCCAUCACGUUUCUACCAAUGGCGUCUUGACCCCUUCUGUUGAGGGCUGGUCUGAGAACGCCAUGGUGGACAUUGACGAUGUGCCCGAUAAGCUCCUUGACGGCUAUGGUCAGACUAAAUGGGUGGCCGAGAAACUGGUGUACGAGGCUGCUCGUCGUGGUAUGCCAUGCAAGGUCUACCGCCCGGGUACCAUCAGCGGUCAUAGUGUCACGGGCUCCACCAACACGUACGACUUGCUGAAUGCCUUGAUCGUCGAAUCGCUGCAUGUCGGCUGUGCGCCCAAUGUAGAAGGCUGGUUUGCUGAAAUGACUCCUGUGGACUUUGUCAGUGCGGCCAUCAUCACGCUCGCGAAUCACACCGACUCCAAGCAACUGGUCUACCACCUUGGCGAUCCCAACCCCGUGUCGGCUAGUGGCAUCUUCCACAGCUUGACAGAGCUUGGUUACUCGACCUCGCGCCUCCCCUGGGACGACUGGGUAUCCCUCUGGCACGAGAAGCGGGGCUCCGGCCGAGCAGGCGACAUUCCUUUCACGGCCGAGAUUCUGCGUGGUGGCAUGCCCACCGCCGAGGCCCUGCAGUCAGUCACAGUGCUCAAGGACGAUGCGACGCAGCCUAUUCUGGCCAAGUACGGCCUCCAGCGCCCCAAGAUUGACAGUACCCUCCUCGAGACGUACAUGCGUCACUUCUACGCUCGAGGCUGGCUCUCUCGGCCACCUCGUCGCAAGCAGGCCAACGGAACCUCGGGCAAGAUUAAUAAGGGUCGCCUCGCUGGCAAGGUUGCCGUCGUCAUGGGCGCAUCAUCCGGCAUAGGCGCCGCAGUCGGUGCGGGCCUGGCCAAGGAGGGUGCACACGUUGUGCUCGCUGCUCGACGCAUGGACGCGCUCGAGGCAGUCAAGGCCAAGAUCACCACCGCCGGUACGGGCGGUAAGGUUCUGAUUCAAAAGGCAGACAUUACCAGCAAGGCUGAGGUCGAGUCCCUCAUGCAGAAUGUCUCCAAGACCCUCGGCCCUAUCGACAUACUCGUCAGCUGCGCUGGUGUCAUGUACUUCACUAUGAUGGCCAACAAUAAGACAGAUGAGUGGGAGCGUACCGUUGACGUCAACUGCAAGGGUCUCCUGCACUGUUUGUCGUCUGUCGUUCCCGGUAUGCUGAGCCGCGGUGCUGGUCACAUUGUCGCCAUCUCUUCGGAUGCAGGUCGAAAGGUGUUCCCCGGUCUUGGUGUCUACUCGGCCAGCAAGUUCUUCGUCGAAGCCACGCUGCAGAGUCUGCGACUUGAGACUGCGGGCACCGGACUUCGCGUCACGUCCAUCCAGCCCGGUAACACAGCCACGGAGCUGCUGGGCAUGUCGACUGACGCCGAGGCCAUCAAGAAGUACGGCGAGCCAACGGGCGCCAAGGUUUUGGAUGCGGAGGAUGUUGCGUCGUCGAUUGUUUUUGCCGUCUGUCAACCUCCGCAUGUGGCGGUCAACGAGGUGCUCAUUGAGCCGAGGGAUGAGCCCAUCUGA